GGCGUGUCAACUGUGAAGCUACACAUAAAAAAUGUGUUGAACAGAAGCUUGAACACUCAUCUCUCUCACCUGUGUAGUUACAACAAACUGAAGAUAAAUUAUGACUUCAUCUAAAUCAGGUCCUGAUUUGAGGAUUGUGAUAAUAGGAAAAACUGGUGUGGGGAAGAGUUCCUCUGGAAACACCAUCCUGGGAAAAAAACAUUUCAAAUCUCGUUCCAGCUCAGAGUCAGUGACUGAAACCUGUGAAAUAGCUGAAGCACAGUGGGAAGGGAGAAAUAUUUCUGUCAUAGACACACCAGGGAUCCUGGACACUGAGAAAUCUGCAGAGAUGAUCAAAAAGGAAAUUAUAAAAUGUGUUGAAGUCUCCAGUCCAGGUCCUCAUGUUUUUCUACUGGUGCUCCAAGUCGGUCGAUUCACGAAAGAGGAGAAAAACUCUGUGGAAGCCCUGCAGGAGCUGUUUGGUCCAAAGGCUCAACAUUACAUGAUUGUGCUGUUCACCCAUGGAGAUGAUCUUGAAGACCAGGAAAUGACCAUACAGAAGUAUGCACGUGAAAGCAAACCAGAGCUCAGACAAGUCAUCCAAAGCUGUGGAAACAGGCUCCACGUCUUCAACAACAAAAGCAAAGACAGAAAGCAGGUGGAGGAGCUGAUGAAGAAGAUUGAUGACAUGGUGGCAGUAAACGCUGGCACAUACUACACAAAUGCCAUGUACAGAGAGGUGGAAGAAAGGAAACGGAAAAAAGCUGAGAUGGAGGAUGAAGAAUACAAGUUCCUGAGUCAACUGGUAGAGCAGAUUCAAAGUUUUCAUUCACGUCUUAAAAGAGAAUAAUUAAUUAUCAGAUGAUUCAAACCUGUAGACAAAUAUCUUUGGUGUUAAUUUGCUUUGAAUAGCUUUGACCUUUUUGUUGACUGUAAAAAACAGAAGAAAAAAUUAAUCUUAGUUAAGAUGAAAGAGUUUUAAAACAGUGAUGAAUCAUCAAGCUGUGAUGUGCUACAAAGAGUUUUUGUAUAUCAUAUUUUUUUAAGUAGACCUAAAUGAAACACAGGUGAUUGGAUAUGUUUUAUGUUGUUUAAUUGAUUUUACUGAAAAAUGUAUGCUUUAUGCUGAUUUGUCAAAAAAUAGGCUCAAAGGGUUAGGGACAUAAAUAUUUUAUAUUUAUGUAAAAUAUUUUAUA